CCAACCUUGCCGAGCGUAGCUUCGACCGGUCCUGUCGCUCUGCCUCUGUUCUUCCGACCUCUCCACGGCUUCGGCAUGUCGUCGGGCGGUAGCCUGAGUACUAUGCAGCGGCUGGUGGAGCAGCUGAAGCUGGAAGCGGCCGUGGAGAGGAUCAAGGUCUCUCAGGCAGCUGCAGAGCUCCAGCAGUACUGUAUGCAAAAUGCCUGCAAAGAUGCCUUGCUUGUUGGGGUUCCUGCAGGGAGCAAUCCCUUUCGUGAACCCCGAUCCUGUGCCCUACUCUAAAAUCAGGGAAGGUCAUCGGAGAGCUGCCUUCAAGCAUGACAUGAAUAACAACUGGCUCUCCUCCACAAGAAAAGUCUCUCUCCGUGUCCUAACUUUUGUGAGGCUGAAACGAUGUCCUAGAUAUUUAUGUUUGUUCUUGUGUAUCUCUACUUCACUAUCUGCUAAUGUUCUGAAAGUUUUUUAAUGUAACUCUUGCUCUUCCCAUAAUCAUCACUGUUGUUACCACACUGUGCUAACCACAUAGAUACUACCCAAGAAGUUUACAUUGUAGAAGACAGAUUUUUACCACAUUACUUACUCCUGUCUUGAUAAACUGUUACACCAGAAUGAUAGCAAAAAAUCAUCCAAAGGAAAACACCCAAAACAUGAAUAGUUGAAGUAUAAAACUAAAUGUUGUUAGUACUCAAGUGAUGUUCUCAGGGGGAAUUUUCCUUCUGUUAGCAAGACCUUGCACCAACUAUGAUUUACUUACUUUUUUUUCCCAAGUGCAUCUAAGUCCAUAAAUGACACACAGGAGAAACUGCUGGGCACAAUGUGUAGCACAGGCUUGAUUACUACAGCACAUUUCUUACAAAACUAAUCUGUAAUACUUCUGCUAAUUUAUAUUUGCAAAGGUACUGCCCUGGUGGAGUUUCCUUCUGUCAUGGUCUAAGCUCACCCACUUGGUACUCUACACUUGCUCACUUCUACACCACUGCAGUGGAAUGGGGAGGAGAAGACAGAACAAAUGGCUGAACAGUUGAGGCAGAGAACAAGGAGGGCUCACUCACCAAUUAUGGUCAUGGAUAAAAGAUUUAGCUUGGGGAAAACAAUAUCAGCAUGUUUAAA